AUGAAAAUCGGACUAAUUCUUCUCCUCUCAAUUCUUGCCUUGUCCCUAGUUGAUGGGCGAAUUUUCAAAAAGAAGAAGACGAUUCAGAAGGAGAGUAGUGAAAUUUCUUCAACCGAAGAAGUUGCGGCCAAGGGAUCGGAGCGGAAAUCGAAAAUGAAGGAAAAGGAGCAUGGAUGGUUCGCUAGCAUAGCAAAUGCAGGAAAAAAAUUGGGGAAAAGUGUGAAGAAUAAAAUUACGGGAAUGACAGAGAAGUUCAAAGCUGCCAGGAGGGAAAAGAAGGUUACAAAGCAGAAAAAGCAAGUUGCCAAAAAGUUCUUAAAUGUAGCACGAGCACCAGCGCCUCCAGUCACUGAACAACCCGUUGAGGAAGAAGCUCCUGAAGUCACUGAAGCUCCAACAGAACCGGAAAGUGCUCCAGAGACUUCGGAAUCGGAAAAAGAGGAUAGUCCGGAACCCGAGGCUCCAGAGGAACCUACAGAAGACGCCCCAGAAGCACCAGAGGCCCCAGAAACACCAGAAGCCGCAGAGGAUGUACCAGCUCAAGAAGGAGAAGAAUAA